AUGAAGUAAUAAUAAUUACCUUCUUUCACAGAAACUGGUUUGAAAUUUUAAACUCUAUCUCAUACGAAUUCCUUAUUAAAGCAAAUCAGUAGUCAAUAGAUAUCGACCAGGAGCAACAACUCCACAGUCACCUAAAAUAAUUUUCAUAUAGCAGAAUAAUUGAAAUUGGCCAAGGCAGAACAGAAGAGCCAUCAAAAUAGUUUCCUUUUCAAUUCGGUCUUCCAGAACAGUAAGAAGCAAUUGCCCCAUAAAAACACUUCUCGCAAUCAACUGGAUCUUGAAGACUUCGUCAAGUUUACUAGGAGUAAGAAACAAGCCAAUCUACUGUUGGAGAAGGACAAGAAGGAACAGGUCUCAGUUAUGUCUCGAGUUCGGGAGGAUCUCAGUCAUUAUUAUGAUCCGAUCAAAGGGGAAAGGAAGAAGUCUGAUAAUUUAUUGGAUGAGAAAAAGAGAUUGGAUAGGAAGAAACCACAAAUCAGUAGGAGAUAGAUAUCGCAGAUGAGUUCGCCUCAACUAUCCCUUUUGGACAUGAAUGAGUACUUGAAGUUGGAGACUUCUCUGAAUUCAGAAAUUCGGAAUUUGCAAACAGAUGCUCCCAUGGGCAGGGUCUAGGCGAUCAAAUUAAGGGAAUGGUUUGACAAGUAGAAGCAAGUGGAUCAAUCUGAUACUUUAAACUUGUUAUCAGUUACCAUUAAGGAAUUGAUAAAGUAAAUUAAAUUCGAAUGUUUGGAAAGAGGAUUAUUGAUUGAAGAAAUUUGGACCAAAGUGGUUAAUAUCGUUAAUGAUAUGAAAUUUUAAACAGAGAUAUUCAUUUCCAAAGGCAAAGUUUAGAUGUUGGAUGAAUAUGCAAUUUAAUCCAAAAUAUUCGGUCAUGAAAUUGACAGUCUCAAGGCAGAACUCAAAAAACAAACAGAACAAUUGACUGCUGAAAACAAGAAGAACAAUAUCCUCAAAGAUGAUUAUAAGGAAUUAGAAGAUUAAUUCGGAAAAAUGAGAUUGCAAUCCAAUGACCUCAAAAAAAUUGUCGCCUAUUUGACCAAAAAAUUAAAGUAGGCCAAUAGCGAAAUAGAACUCUUGACAAAAAAAUUGCAGAAUGAAAAAAAACAUCGAUUCUCUUAAGUGGCUGUUCCACAUACUGAAAUCAUAGUCAAUCAAUCAGAAAAACAUCUACUGAGCAAAUAAAACAGUAUCUAUAAUGCUCCCUCAGUUUUUUAUUUGAAAUAAGGUCGCAACUCCAUCAUCCCCCAAAAAUCAGAUUCCCUAUAAAACUCUGUGCAAUCCCAACAAGUGAAACAAGACUCCUCUUCAGAAGAAGAUCACGAUGAAGUUAUCGAAGAACUUAUGGAUGAUAAGAAUAUUAUUGAAAUGGACAACAUGGUCAUGAGUAUGGAUAAGAUCAUCACCGUUGCUUGUUUUGGUUAAAUCACAGGGCUAGACUUCCUUGAAUAUGCCACUAGAGAAAAAGCAUGUCAAACAUUGAUCUCCAUGCAAAGGUCAGAUUUCAAUUAAUUUACACAAUCUCAAGAAAAAUUCGAUUAGGUUUUCGAGUAGUAGAAAAUUAAACACAACAUCGAGGAAAUAGUUAAGGUUUAUGAAGAUAAAUUCAAAAAUCAACCCUCAAGCAGAUAAUUGAAUUCCUUGAUCGAGAAGAAGUUUUUCACUUAAAAAGAUCCUGACAUACCGUCUUUGACCGACAAAAACCUUAUGUUGGACUCUGAGGUUUUCGAUGAGAAUAAAAGGAUAAUUCACACUUAGGUUGAUAUUUAAUUAUAGAAAUAACACAAUGUGUAGCAAGUAGAUGUAGAGAAAGUGAAGACUCUAAUAGAAUUGUUGUCUGGAGCUGAAAUGCAGAACAAAUCAAAGGAUCACAAACUGAUGGAAAUGCAAAACCAUAUCAAAUCGUUGAAUGAGCAAAUUGAGGAAUUGAAAAGAAAGUUAUCAUUGUUUACAGAAGCUGAUAUGUAUAAUGUGGCAUGUGGCAAGGAAUAAAUAAAGAAAGAACAGAAAUAAAUAGAACAGUUCUUAGAAAGUUAAAACUUAAAAUCUGAAUAGAAGAUUGCAGUCAGAAAGCGAGAUGCUAAAAAGAUGACAUAGGCUAAAUUGAUCUUCAAGGGACCUUAAUUGGGACAGAAAGUCACUGUGGUCUAUGAAUUCUAGAAGCAGAAUGCAGGACCCCUGCUUAUCGAAAAAAUCAAGUCAAAACAAUUACCUAAAAUAAAACAUUUUAUGCCUCUUAAAUUGUUAAUAAAAUAGAUCAAUGUGAUAUAUGCAGAUAGAAUUACAUAAUAAAAGGAGAAUAGCAACAUUAAAGACUAAGAUUUGGCCUCAUUUGUUUAUUCUUAUUUUCUAUCCCAAUUUGGUAUUAAAAAGAUUGCUGAACAAAAAUUCUUAAUUUUGGUUGUUUCAGUUAAGCACUAUAAAAGUAUUGUGAGAAUCAAUAAUUUUGCGAAAUUCCUGAAUCUCUUCGACACUUAUGUUAAUUUUAACUUAGACGAACUCAAACGAUACUUAGAAGCCCAUGAUUAUAUAACGAAUAUCUCCUAAUUGGGUAUUCUGAACUCUGAUCAAGAUUAAGAAAUUAGAUAUAUGGUUCCAUACUUGAGAGUAGUUUAAUAUAUAGGGAUCUUUGCAGAUUCAAGAAUGACAGCAGAAGAGAAAGAGGAGUUGAGAAGGGAGUUAGACUUGCUUAAGGAGAAUGACCCCAAGUAAGCGAAUAAAUAGCAUUUAAUCGAUUUUGAUUAAUUUAUGAUACAGCUGUUUGCCAAAUAUAAGAUCCUUGUAAGCAGAGCAAAGGAGUAUGUUAUUAAUGCCUUUGCAGCCUGCGAUUUAGAUGGAAAUGGGAUGUGCAACUUUGAAGAAUGGUUCCUAUUGCUUAGACACAUUGAGCCUGAUCGUUUAAGUAGUGAAUAGAUUUCUGAAAUAUUCUUUGCGAAUGCGGACUUACUAGUUAAAGGAGAGUAGAACUUCUCGUUUGAAAAGUUUGCAGUCGUUUGUGUUGAGUUUGGUCUAUUCUCAGAGGAAGCUUAAAAUUAGUUCUUAUAAAUCAAGGGGUAGAAGACUGAAAUCAUGAUAUAAUUUUCGAAGUUGCUGGAAUCGUGGCCGAGUAUUAGAGGAGUUAUAGAAUAAAGGUUUGAUUAGAUCGUGCUACUGGAUGCUGAUCGAUUGGAUUAGUGGAGACAAAUUAUAGACACUUUACAAAAGAAAAUUCAAGAGUUGUCUUCCCAUCUGUAGUAAUCUGGCAUAGAGAAGAAAGUGAAGCCUUUGUUGAUAGCAAGUCUCCUCUUGCAAAAGGAAUCUGCGAUGUUGUUGGAACUGUAAAAUGACUACGAGGAUGAGAGUGUCGGAUCUCAGAUGCAAUCCAAUCAAUCCAUUAGAUUAGCCGAAGACCAAAUCAAGGAGUGA